CAUUCCCCUAGGGAAGGUCAUUGGACCCUUUGCAGGAGAACUGAGUUCCACCUCUGGAUAGGCCUUGCCACAGAGCCAUGUAGGUAUUGCAGUGGGGGAAGGCACUCCUACCAGUGGGUUGAAGUUUCUUGUCUCUCUCUGCCAUGGAGCACAAAGGGCUCUGGAAGACACUGGAGUACACCUGCAGACUGCUGGGGAUCUCCACAGCAGCAGUGCUGCUUGGAGUGGGAGCAGAGACUCUGCAGCAAGGACGGUUCAAGAGCCUGGCUUUCUACUUGCUUUUUUCAGGGGCAGCAGUGACUGUCUGUGAAGCCUCCUUCUUUGUUAGCCUGCUUUUGGGAACCUGCUUCAUAUGCCAACCAAGCUCCCUGACACAUGCCUGCUGGAAGCGAGUCAGACAACCAGGCAGCUUCCAGAAGUUCCUGGGUUAUGUGCUGCUCUCUGUGGCCUGCUUCUUGCACCCUGUCCUCAUCUGGCAUGUCACCAUCCCUGGCUCUAUGCUCGUGCUCACUGGCCUGGCCUACUUCCUGCUAAGCAAGAGACAGAAGAGCCCAGCCUGCAAGAAAGCAUGUGCCCAGCCAGAGCAGUAUAUUGACCCCUGCGCUACGGCUACAGCCACCACAGGCACUACAGAAACUGAGCAAACCUACACCUUCAACGAGGCACUCCAGAACCAGCAUACCUCCUUGUUCAGACACAUGAAGAACAUUCUGAAGGGUGGCAUGGAUGGGGGCAUUGCCCAGACUGCUGAGCCAACCCUGACCCUGCCCAACAUACUAGCGCCACACAAGCAGGUGCAUUUCCAGAAGAAGGUGGUGCAAAUCAUCCCCUCCAUCAAUGAGAGCCUGGAUGAAGAGAAGAACGAGGCUGAGGAGACCACAACUGACACAGCCCCCAUCCUCAUUCCCUCCAACACUCGGAUCUUCCUCACCCCCUUCAGUACCACAAGGCUUGUCUAAGGGAACCAGGGCAUGAUGAAGUAACAGAAGCCUGCAGGCCACGAGCCCUGAAUACAGGGUUCAGACAUGCUAUGCCUAAUGUCCCAAUGACCUGGCCAGACUGCCACAAGCCCUGCCAAGACAGGCCACAGAACUUGGGUGUCUGCAGCUGCCCCACAACCUGGCAGAGAGACCACUACGAUCACAGAAAGCACAGGGCUGCAAUUGCCUGCCCAAUUCCCAUUGCGGGCUCCAACCUUGAUGCUGGUGUCAUGAACCACUCUGGCAUCUAGAUGUUCUGGUGAAACCCCAGCUAUGUGUCAGUGUAUCCUGAGCCCUGUAAGACCCUGGUGGGCUGUGCCCAGGAAAUGGCAUAGCCCACCUGUAUUUCCGCACUGUAUUUCCAGAACAGUAAAACCUUUGCUCUAAGCCCUCA